CGCGUGCGUGUACAUUUGACAGCUGACAAAACAUCAAUAUGGCUUAAUUACGUUUCACGUAAAGCGAAUUUUAUUAAUCCGCUGUUGUAAACCACAUUAGGGCUAAAAACAAAGCAAAAGUGUUACAAUCAAAAGAUUAAGUGACUAUCUACACACGGUUAGACAUGUAUAACGGAAUCGGACUAACGACACCCAGAGGUUCCGGUACCAAUGGGCACGUACAGAGAAAUUGGGCUUUCGUGCGGCCGAAGGAAAAAGACAAAACCUACCGUACCGAAGAGGAACUGUGCAAGCUGGACACGGCGUCGAAUCGACCGCCGAACAAGGAGAUUUUGGAUCACGAGCGUAAAAGGAAAAUUGAACUGAAGUGCGCAGAGUUUAGCGAAAUUCUCGAGGAUCAAGGAUUUUCCGAAGAGGCUGUUAGGAAUAAGGUCAAUAACUAUCGUGUUAUGCUAAUGGGACAUGAUGGGAAAUUGGAUCGACCCAUUGGACACUGGGCGAGAGUAAGCGUUAGCGAAACUCAUCAUUUAGCCGAGGCCCAGAAAGAGAAAAAUGCUCGUUUACGCGAGGCGUUUGGUAUUUCCGAAUAUUUCGUCGACGGAAGCAGUUUUGAUCCAGAUCGUGAGGCCAAAGAGCAGGUGGCACGAUCUGUCGCGAUCCAAGAAAAAGAGCAACAAAAAGCCUUGGAACGGGAACUCCAGAAGGACUUGGAAAAAAUGCAAACCACACGUUACGAACUCGUACACACACCCAGCCCCGAGCCACCUCCCAUCGAAACCAAGAAGAAGAAAAAACGCAAAACAAAAGAGAGCUCCUCAUCCGAUGAGAAGAAGCGAAAGAAGUCGAAGAAGCGUAAAAAAGAAAGAUCGACGAAAUCCAAAGAAACAAAGAAGAAAUCCAAGAGUAAGCAUUCCGGAAAUUCAUCCGAUAGCGACUCGUCCCAGUCGGACGAUUCCAAUAGUGACGACGAUGACAGGCGCAAGAAGAAGAAGCUGAAGAAAAAGGAGAAAAAGAAAGUUGCCAAGAAGAAACGAUCUUCUAGUGAAAGUUCUCGUGAAAGAUCGCCUAUUCCUCCUCCUCCUCCAAAACUGACUGACACAGACAAAAAUAGUGUCAGGGUAAAAAACUCUAGUAGAGACAACGAAGUACAAAAGAUAAGCGUUGAUCAGGAAUUAAAACGUGGUCACGAGAAGUACGACCUCAACAAAAAUCGUUCCGGGUCCCCAAAACAUUCGAGACACAGAAAAGAAGAGAAAUAUCACGAAAGUUAUCGAUCAAGAUCGAGAACUCCGGAGAAGAGGUAUUCGAAAUCCUACAGAGAGGAGAGACACCAAACAAAUCACGUGCAGGAGGACGGCAAGUUUUCUAAUUCCAGAACUAAAUCGCCCAACUACAGAAGCCACAAAGAGAGACAUAGGUCGCGCUCUCCCGUUUCCCAUAAUAACAAGCGAUCCAGCCCGACACACGAUUACAGGCGAAGGGUCGAUCAAGAUCACAAAUACUCGACUGCUCGGAAAUCGCCCGAGAAGCAUUCGGAAAAGCCACAGUCGCCCGUCGCAAGAAGACGAUCUCCCGAGCCGAAACGAUCUCCAGAGCCUAAAAGGCGAGAAUCACCUCCGCCUAGGAAAGGUACGUACCGCCCGUCGCCUGAGCGUCGAAGAAGUUCAUAUGAGAAACGUGACCAUGACCGAUACCAAAAAAGGUCUAGGUCUAGGAGUGCCGAGCGUCCUAAGAAGCACAGUGAACCCAAGAGAACCAAGUCAAAUUCUAUUCAUAGAUCGCCCGAUUUGAACCGUGGCAAAGUCGAGGAACCCAAGUGUAAUUCUAGUCAGAAUGGUAGAUCGCCCGAAACGUCAAUGGAGACGCCACCUAGGCUAGAAGCGCCCAAGGUAAAUCACAGUUCCGAAUCCCAAAUUAAAACCCCACCCAGGGAAUCGCCAAGGACCGGACCGAAACGUAGCGCGGAAAAGUCGCCCAAACGCAAAGGCCGCCAGCAAAUGCCCGUGGUUCGCCUCCGAUCGUCGAGCGAAGACGAGAAGUCCGACCACGACAACGAGAACGUCGACGAGGAGCGCGAGAAGGAGCUGCGCGUGCUCCGUCUGCUAAAGUCGGGCCUGGCGGCGAAGGCGAAGGAGUCGCUCGAGAGGAAAAUUCCCAAGCUGAGGCAGGAGAGGGCGCCGAAGUCGACAGUCGAGAAGUUCUCGAGUCCGAAGGCGCCGGAGCAGAGGCCGACAAUCCAACCGGACAGUUUCGACAUUCGCGUUCUGCCGCUCAAAUCGAGCGAAACGGUCGAGAAGGGCGUCACGAAGCAGACGCGGAAUUACAACUGCAACGAAUUCGUGCUGCACAAAAACGAGACGACGAGUAAGAAGUCGACGAGCAGCAGCCGGUCGAGGUCGAGGUCCCAUACCAAAUCGAACAGCAUGUCUAAGGUUAAGAAGUCCAAGUCGAGAAGCUCGUCGCGCUCUUCGUAUAGCAGAUCGUCAUCAUCAAGCAGUAGCCAUCACACGACGUCCAGAUCACCAUCGCGAGCGCAUAGCAGUCGCUCGCGAUCGCGAAGCACCUCGCGCAGUACAAGCUCCGAUUCCUCGAGGUCUCGUUCCCCUUCCAUUCCUAGACGUCACGGUUCGCCGAGCUUUCUCGACCGGCGUAGGAUAACGAGUGCACGCAAACGACCUAUUCCGUACCAUCGUCCGACACCUUCUUCGCCUUCCACCGCAAGCAGCUACAGCAGUAGCCCUUGGUACAACAGAAAUCACAGCUCCAGUAGAAGCAAUUCAAACACGAGUACUUCGAGAUCGGCAACGAGAUCGCCUUUACCUCUACUGUCACCAUAAAACAUUAGCCGACCAAAUUUGUGUAUAUUUGUUGUAAAUUAUUUAAAGAAAAAGGUAUGGGAAUUUGUUAUAAAAUACUCAUUCAAGCUACAUUUUCGGAGUGCAAUAUUUUUUUAAUUUAUUUGAGAGGAAUACUCCUUUUUUUUGUACAUAGAAAUUUAGUUACUACUUAGAACAGGGCAUGCUUGUUUUGUGCAAUCUUCUGAGAAGACUCCACUUCGUAUUCAUUCCAAUUCUAGUCAUAAACGGUGUGAUAAAGAUUUAACUUAUUUAAUUUAUUAAAGAGCUUCAAGGUUAUUGAAGGACGCAAUUUGCAAUAGGUAACGUAGGGUCUUAUGUUUUCUCUAUUUACAAAAUGUAUCUCAAAGAGCAUUAGUACGUAAAUACUUGUUAGCUAAGUGAGUAAAUAUAUCCUUACAGCCGUU